GCCACGUUUGCGAGCAUGCGCAGUGCCCAAACGUUAGUGUUCCGGGAUAGGUCAGUGUACACAGUGUAAAAAAUAUAUCAUUGUGUACUCUCUUACGUGUCUAUUAUACUGAGCACAGUGAGAGGCGGCAGAGGGGUGUUUUGUGAAGAAAGAGAGGCUCUGAAUACGGCACCGAGAUGAACUUCUUCAGAGGAGUGAUAAGUGGGCAGGCAGCCGGGCCGCAGCCGUCCGGAGCGGAGACGAUCCAGAAGCUGUGCGAUCGAGUUGCCUCCUCCACACUUCUAGAAGAUCGGAGAGAUGCUGUCCGUGCUCUUAAGUCCCUCUCCAAGAAAUAUCGAAUGGAAGUUGGAACACAGGCAAUGGAUCACUUGAUUAACAUACUACAGACUGACAGAUCUGACUCUGAAAUCCUCGGCUAUGCUUUGGAUACGCUUUACAACGUCAUCUGCAAUGAUGAGGAGGAAGAACAAGAUGAAUCAGAAGAUGAGAACGCACAGAAGCAGGCAGACGACCUCGGCCUCCAGUUUACAGACACGUUCGUCCAGGAUCCUGAGCACGUAACCCUGCUCCUCACUCUGCUGGAGGAGUUUGACUUUCAUGUACGGUGGCCCGGAGUGAAGCUGCUGACUGCUCUGCUGAAGAACCAGGGUCCACAGAUCCAGGGUAUUAUUCUGGUCAGCCCCAUGGGUGUUUCCAGAUUGAUGGACCUGCUGGCAGACUCCAGAGAAGUAAUUCGCAAUGAUGGCUUGUUGCUACUUCAACAGCUGACUAAAAGCAACGCUGCCAUUCAGAAAAUUGUGGCAUUUGAGAAUGCGUUUGAACGCCUCCUAGAUAUCAUCACAGAAGAAGGCAGCAGCGAUGGAGGUAUUGUGGUAGAGGAUUGUCUGCUUCUUCUCCUCAACCUGCUAAAGAACAACAGCUCCAACCAGAACUUCUUUAAAGAAGGUUCCUACAUCCAGAGAAUGAAGCCCUGGUUCGAGGUUGGUGACGAUAACUCUGGUUGGUCUGCACAGAAGGUCACAAACCUUCAUCUCAUGCUGCAGCUGGUGCGAGUCAUGGUGUCUCCAGUGAACUCUCCUGGAGCUACAGCCAGCUGUCAGAAGUCCAUGUUCCAGUGUGGCCUACUGCAGCAGCUGUGCACCAUCCUCAUGGCCACUGGUGUCCCUGCAGACAUCCUCACUGAGACCAUCAACACAGUUUCAGAGGUUAUCAGAGGCUCUCAGGUCAACCAGGACUAUUUUGCUUCUGUCAACGCUCCAUCAAACCCACCAAGACCAGCCAUUGUGGUGCUGCUCAUGUCCAUGGUGAACGAGAGACAACCAUUUGUGCUUCGCUGUGCAGUCCUUUACUGUUUUCAGUGUUUCCUCUAUAAAAACCAGAAAGGCCAGGGGGAGAUAGUUGCUACACUGCUGCCCUCCACCAUUGAUGCCAAUUCCAUCUCUGCAGGACAGCUGCUGUGUGGAGGCUUGUUCUCAGCAGACUCUCUUUCAAACUGGUGUGCUGCUGUGGCCUUAGCUCAUGCCCUGCAGGACAACCUCACCCAGAAAGAGCAGCUGCUGAGGGUUCAGCUUGCCACCAGCCUGGGCAAGCCCCCUGUGUCUCUGCUGCAGCAGUGCACCAACAUCCUUUCCCAGGGUGAUAAGAUCGUCCGGCGGGGCAGUAAAGUGCAGACCAGGGUGGGCCUCCUCAUGCUGCUGUGUACAUGGAUCAGCAACUGUCCGAUUGCCGUUACGCACUUUCUGCACAAUCAAGAAAAUGUUCCUUUUCUGACUGCUCAGAUCUCAGAGAACCUGGGGGAGGACGAGAGGCUGGUGCAGGGCCUGUGUGCGCUGCUUCUCGGCAUCUGCAUCUAUUAUAACGACAACUCGCUGGAAAACUAUACCAAAGAGAAGCUAAAGCAGCUCAUCGAGAAGCGGAUCGGAAAGGAAAACUUUGUAGAGAAGCUGUGCUUCAUCACCAAACAUGAACUGUAUUCGCGGGCGGCUCAGAAGCCGCAGCCCGUCUUCCCGUCUCCAGAGCAGAUGUUGUUCGAUCAUGAGUUUACCAAGCUGGUCAAAGAACUGGAAGGAGUGAUAACCAAAGCAGUUCACAAGUCUAGCGAGGAGGAGAAGAAGGAAGAGGAGGUGAAGAAGACGUUAGAGCAGCACGACAACAUUGUGACUCAGUAUAAAGAGCUGAUCAGAGAGCAGGACGCUCAGCUUCAGGAGCUGAAGGAGCAGGUGGCAUGCAUGACCUCCCAGAAUGAACAGCUGCAGGCUACAAUCACCCAGCAGCAGUCGCAGAUCCUGCAGCACAAAGACCAGUACAACAUCCUCAAGCUGAAAUUAGCUAAAGAGAACCAGGGUCAGUCCAACAGCCAGGGAGACGGCUCUCAGGUGAACGGGCUGCAGACAGAGGAGCUGACCCAGCUCAGAGAGGAGGUGGAGGAGCUCCGCAAACAGCACUCGCUACUUCAAACACAACUUGGUGACAAAGAUGCUCUCAUCAGCAGCCUGAAAUCAGGAGCUGCACAGACAGCAGAGGGUCCAGCAGGAGGAUCAGACGACACAGAGCUGCUCCAGGAACUGGAGGCUUUAAGAAGUCAAGUUCAGUCCCAGUCAACAGAAAUCGGCCAGCUGAAGAUGGAGAGACAAGACCUGCUCAGAAGAGCUGAAGUCGGGUGCUCUGACACACUCCCCUCUAGUGACAGCUCAUUAGAUGCUGCAAAGAUGGCUGAACUGGAGAGCAGGCUGGGAGCGCAGACGUCUGAGAUGGAGAGACUAAAGGCAGAGGUAAAGAACCUGUCGGAGAGCCGGGCGGAGCUGGAGAAGCGGCUGGAUUCAACUACGAGCACGGUGGCCAUCCUGCAGACGGAGAAGGAGAAGCUGCAAACUGACGUCCAGGAGUCCAAGAAGGAGCAGGAUGACCUGCUGAUGUUGUUGGCAGACCAAGACCAGAAGAUCACCAACCUGAAGAAGAGACUGAAAGAGCUGGGAGAGACGGUGGAAGAUGAAGAUGACCUCGACACCAGGGACCAGACAGACGAUGAUGAUGAGGAGGAUGAAGAUGAGGACUAGAGAAAAUCAGUGAAAGGAGAAAAAGGAGAGAAAAGACUGCAGAAACGCACCUGAGAAACUGAGGACUAAAAUAUGGAAGCAGUUUCUCGUCCGGGCUGCCAUGCUGUCUUCUUCUUUACUCCAACACAUGUAUGCGUUAGUUUUUGGACAUUUUUAGUUCAAGAUGACGAUGUUCUUUCCAAAAACUCAAUUUUCAGCGACAGCUGAGAGGUUUAAACAUGUCAGUGUAUUCAUCUCUGCUGCAUUCACCAUCAGUUUGUGAUGGAUUUUAUUAGUUGUUUUGUUUUUCUAAUGUACUGUCACACAGUUCCUAAUCACAGAAAAACCCUUAAGUUAAAUUUAACACAUCUGGAGAAGUUGCAGAAGUGGAUUUAAAAUGUGUCACAAUGCAUUCUCAUUUUCCCCAUCCUGCACUGCUGCCCUCACCAGUACAAGCACCUGCAGCAUUGGCGUCACCUGCACUUCGCCCCCCGAUCAGUUCGAGUUCAGCGUCACAGUUGUUCCAUUUCACCGACUGCUCUGCAAUAUGCUGCAAAACACUGAUGGAAAAGAUGUAAAGAGACAAAAAAGACAAAUAUUUUUGCAACUUUUUGUCCAAUACUGGCAUCCAGCUUCUGUAUGAUAUUGUGUAACUUAUCACUUUAAGAGCGACAUUGAAAUGAAUAAAGGAUCUAUCUAUAUGGAGGAAUAAUUGUAGAUAAAUUAAAUUUUACUAAAUCCACAA